AUGGUGUCUUUUUGGCCCUGGAAGGGCGAUGACAACUCUGCAGCUUCAUUUGAAAAGACCUUGUCCACGCUCUCGACAAAGAUCGCGCAAGCGACCGCACAACUCGACCAGGACCGUCAGUCUUCCCGACGGUUUAAGGCUCUCUGGACUCUCUACUCAACAUUUGCCUAUCUAUUCUACUCCAUCAUUCUCGCCUUAGUGCUAGGAUGGGAGAGCUGGGGCGUCAAAGAAUAUGCCGCUAUCGCGGGCGGGCCAAUCCUGAUCUACACCGUGCGCAAGACUGGCGUCACGCUUUUCGAAUACCGAAUUUCCCGCAUCCAGCAGCACCUCGACGACUACAACAAACAGCGCGAGGAGACGAUCGAGAAAUUGAAGAUAGCUACCAAGUACAACUCCACCCAGCAACUGCUCGAGAAGUAUGGCGGCGGAUCUCCCAAGCCUUCGCCAGGCCCAAAGGCAGAUGGCGACAAACGCCAGCCUCCUCAGGAACAACAACAUGCGGCCCGUACCGGUCUCCCACCGCCACCCACUGCGAACAUCCGCCCUCGUUCCUUCUCAUCGCUGCCCCCAACCACCCAGCCCUUCCCUUAUUCUCCUUCUCCUCCCCUCGAACUAGCCCAAGGCGGCCACCAACCCCAACAACAACAACAAUAUCCACCCUCUCCUUUCCCCCCCUCAACCACCCACCGACCAAUCUGGCUUUGCGCCAAACGCAUUCCCUCAAAAUGGGGAAUACAUCGAACAACCACACUGGCACCACCCGGGAUCAAAACACCAGAAGAGCUUGGCCGCUGGCGAUGUGGCAGCUGUAGAGCCUGGAACGGCGUGGAAAGUGAGGCAACAAGGAUUCUCACCAGUCUACGACAGAAUUCUGUGUCAGCCGAGAGAACCUGGGAGCCCGUGUCGCCGGCGGAUGCUGAUAACCAGUCCUCCGAGGGCACGGAAGAGGGUGUGAUGGUAGCUUCCAGCUCGGAAGAGCAGACGGAGGCUUCUGGCUCUGAAGUAGAGAAUUAUAUGGAGACAACGAGGGAAGAAGAGUCACCAACCGCACCUGUGCGGCGGUCUAAGCGUACUGGGAAGUGA